GAUCUCUUGCCAUAAUACGAUUUUGGAUUAUAUCAAAUGAAAAUUUGCUGAUACAUCCAUAGUCCAUUUAUUUUGACAUGUAUAAAGCCAUAUAGAUUUAUAACAACGAAUAAUUUAAUUAUUCAAUCAGCUAUGAACACAAUUUUAUUAAUUCUGCUUCUUUUGACGUCUAAAUGUGAAAGCCAGGAAAUCGAGGAGAAUUAUUGGUCGUCGAAUACGACUGAUGAAUCUUCGGAAUCAUUAUUUGAAGUGACUGGUUAUCCAAUGACUGGUGACGUCCCUAUAUUGAAUAGAAAGAUUUUUAAGGGAACACGAGUCAAUAUAAGGGAACAUCCGUACAUUGUAAGCAUUCGUAGACUUUACUCACAUUAUUUAACUGGGACCUUAAUUACGAAAAAUUUGAUCCUAACCGUUGCUCAUCCUUUAUACGGAGUGCCAGUGAACGAGUUAAGAGUUGUAAUGGGGGAAAACUAUGCAGACAGGGGCACUAUACUGUUGACAGUCAUAUUAGUGAUUAUACAUCAGGACUUUGACAAAUACACGCUUGUCGGAGAUCUCGCUAUUAUCCGCUUUUAUGAAGAUAUUAUUUUCAAAUCCAACGUAAAGAGCAUUUCACUGGUCGCACCUUAUGUGAAUAUCGUGAAUAGCACUGCUUUUGUUACUGGAUGGGGUAGAUGCGAUCUAACUGGAAAAGAGUUGUGUCUGCCACGCGGGUCACAAUAUUAUCCAGGCGAGAUGUUGGACCCUAUGCUGAGAACUAUUUCAUUAACUAUUACUUCACCUAAUUAUUAUUGCCAGGGAUACAGAAAGCACGAGACUCCAGUCCGCAGAGGUAUGUUUUGUACUGGCAUGGCUCGUGAGGAUCAUCCAACUUUUCCCUGUCUGGCAGUGCCCGGGGCCCCGUUAGUGGUGAAGGGAAAAUUGGCGGCCAUCUUGUCUUGGGGCUUUGGAUGUGGUUAUCAGAACGAUCUCCCUCUCGUAUAUACUGACAUCAAAUAUUACAUAAAUUGGAUAACUCAAAACGUGGCAAAAAUACGAAAGAUUGCUAAAAAAGAUUUUAAGCCACUAUUCGACGCAACUAAAUCAUGGGUUCUCUUGGAAUGGUUUACAAAAUCAAGAAUAGUGAAACCAAAACGCCACUAUCACAGAAACAGGGAGCUACAACUAAUUAAUCUAGACCAAAGUCUAAGUAACCUCCGAGGGCAGAUUUUUGAUUUAAGAGAUUUUAUUUUUAACAGACAAUAUAAAGAAAAAAAGCUGACAAUGUAUAAAGAAAUCCAAAAUUCAGCAAAAGAAGGAAAUAAUACAAAACAUCUUAUAGAAAAAAUGAAACUUCUUUCAUAUACGGGAAAACCACUUCCUUUCUUCAGUAAUAAGUCUUUAUUAGAAAUAGCUUCCAAUUACGAUGACUUCAGUAGUUCUAAUGAAGAUGAAAAGAAUUAAGAAAUGUUCUGUUAAUAAAAAAAUUUUUUCAUAAAAAAUAAUAUCAAUUAGUUGAAAUAUUUUAAUGAAUAUUACUUUAAAUCGCGGCUUUAUUCACAAACCGCACAUAAUGGUUCUCAGUAGUUCGCCGCAGUUACAACAUUAAUUAUUGACCACACCAAAUAGUUUGAAAAUUAAUACCUUUGAAUCAAUUUCAUAUUAAUUUGCUUACAGACUCAGUGAUAUAUAUAGUUUAUGUUAAAUAUUAUAAUUAUUAUUGAGGAAUUAAUUACAUUAAGAAGUUAAUUUAACAUAUGUAUAAUAAACUGUAUUAACCAAAUUUUUGUCGAAUCAAUACCUACACACACACACACACACACACACAUAUAUAUAUAUAUAUAGUUAUUUAACUUUGAAUAAAUAAAAAGAAUACUUAUUAUUAAAUUUAUUUACUUUAUAUACCUCACAAUAUUUUAUUUUGAUAAGAAUUAAAAUUCUUCAAAAAAUAGUUUACUGACCGUUAAAAAGUACUAAGAAUAAAAAGAAAGUAAAAAAUUAAUGUGAUGUAGCAAUUUUUUAUUUGUUUUUU